AUGGAUGCGUCUGCCGUGACGUGCUGCUGUGUGCACAUCCCUCUUUCAUUCAGUAGCACGCGUUUUAUUCGGUCUGCGCGCUUGGCGCGUCGGCAGUUGCUUCUGCUUGACACGUUCCGAUGGCGAUCACUGACACGGUGUCGCUCAACUCGAAGUGCGACACCAAGAUCCAAACCCCCGCUACCGAUGCUGUUGAGGGAAGGAGCCAGGCAGCGCGUGCCUGCCACUUGA